CAUUCACGCGUAGGGAAAUACUAACCAGACAGCGGUGCAAGCCAAUCGCAAUCAGUGCUCUGGAAGCAGGGAGACUUGGGUGGAGACUUCAGAGACUGCAGUUGCAGUUCCAAAUACAGAUGGAAUUGGCUAUGGAUAAUUCAUAUGAUUUCAACAUACGAAGCUCAUGUAAUGGAAUUCCAUCUGAGAAGAAAAACAACUUCCUUGUGUCUGAAGAUCAUGGACAGAAAAUCUUAAGUAUACUGCAGAAUUUUAGAGAGCAAAAUGUCUUUUAUGAUUUCAAAAUAAUUAUGAAAGAUGAGAUAAUCCCAUGUCAUCGUUGUGUGUUAGCAGCAUGUAGUGACUUUUUCAGGGCUAUGUUUGAAGUAAACAUGAAAGAAAGAGAUGAUGGAAGUGUUACCAUUACUAAUUUGUCCUCCAAAGCAGUAAAAGCAUUUCUUGAUUAUGCCUAUACUGGAAAGACAAAAAUUACAGAUGAUAAUGUGGAAAUGUUCUUCCAGUUGUCAUCAUUUCUUCAAGUUUCCUUCCUAUCCAAAGCUUGCAGUGACUUUUUAAUAAAAAGCAUUAAUCUCGUCAAUUGUUUACAUUUAUUAUCUAUAUCAGAUAGCUAUGGUUCAACCCGUUUGUUUGAUCAUGCAUUAUACUUUGUACAACAUCACUUUUCUCUGUUAUUUAAAUCCAAUGAUUUCUUAGAGAUGAAUUUUGGAAUACUGCAAAAAUGUCUGGAAUCAGAUGAAUUAAAUGUUCCUGAAGAAGAAACAGUACUGAAGGUCGUCCUUAAUUGGACAAAACAUAACUUAGAAUCAAGGCAAAAGCAUCUGCCUCAUUUGAUUAAGAAAGUAAGAUUACAUCAGUUAUCCGAGGACACACUUCAAGACUGUCUUCUCAAUGAAGAGUGUUUACUCAAAAGCACAAACUGUUUUGACAUAAUCGUGGAUGCAAUUAAAUGUGUACAAGGUUCUAGUGGACUUUUCCCUGAUGCUCGACCAUCCACAACUGAAAAAUACAUAUUUAUUCAUAAAACUGAAGAAAAUGGAGAAAAUCAAUAUACAUUUUGCUAUAAUAUUAAAACUGACUCAUGGAAAAUAUUACCCCAAUCACACCUGAUUGAUUUGCCAGGGUCUAGUCUGUCUAGCUAUGGAGAGAAAAUAUUCUUGACUGGUGGUUGCAAAGGGAAGUGUUGUAGAAAGGUUCGACUUCAUAUUGCUGAGUCUUACCAUGAUGCCACCGAUCAAACCUGGUGCUACUGCCCAGUCAAAAAUGAUUUCUUCUUGGUAUCAAAUAUGAAAACACCAAGAACCAUGCAUACAUCAGUUAUGGCUCUCAACAGAUUAUUUGUCAUAGGUGGAAAGACUAGGGGAUCUCAGGACAUUAAAAGUCUCCUAGAUGUUGAGUCAUACGAUCCUCUUUCUAAAGAAUGGAUAUCUGUUAGCCCAUUACCUAGAGGCAUAUAUUAUCCAGAAGCAAGUGCAUGCCAAAAUGUAAUUUAUGUUCUUGGAUCAGAGGUAGAAAUUACAGAUGCCUUCAACCCAUCACUUGAUUGCUUUUUUAAAUAUAAUGCUACAACUGAUCAGUGGUCUGAACUAGUAGCAGAGUUUGGGCAAUUUUUUCAUGCUACACUAAUUAAAGCUGUCCCUGUAAAUUGCACACUGUAUAUAUGUGACCUUUCCACCUAUAAGGUUUAUAGUUUUUGUCCAGAUACUUGUGUUUGGAAGGGUGAAGGGUCUUUUGAAUGUGCAGGUUUUAAUGCAGGUGCAAUUGGAAUUGAAGAUAAGAUUUAUAUAUUAGGUGGUGAUUAUGCACCAGAUGAAAUCACAGAUGAAGUACAAGUCUACCACAGCAGCAGGUCAGAGUGGGAAGAAGUUUCACCAAUGCCAAGAGCCUUAACUGAAUUUUACUGCCAGGUGAUUCAGUUCAAUAAAUACAGGGACCCAUGGUUUUCUAAUCAUUUCUAAAAGAAGUAUGUGCUUGGACAUUCUAAAACUACUCCAUUCUUGUAACAUGGUAAAUCUGUUUGCCAUAAUGAUUGGUAGAAAGGUCUUUACAUCUUACUAAAAUAAAAUGUUCCUUCUAUUACAGGACUACUAUGUAUGUAUGCUAGCUAUGAAUAUACAGUUCCCAGAAAUUUAUAAUACACAAUACAUUUACCAAAAAUUAUGUUGAAUGUAAUUUAAUCUUGGAGAAUACAGAAUACUUAGUAUUUUCAUAUGUAAGUAAAAGUCAUAGGCUUUGAUACUUUGAUUUUUUUUAAGUACUUCUCCUAUGAAAGAUUAGUUAAAACAAAGUUCACAGAUUUGUACUAUGUAGAUGGGUAAAUCUCUUGAGGUAGUAAAAAUGAAUUAUACACACUACAUUAUGGGACGUGAAAGAAAGUAUAAGUAGGUGAGAAU